AAUAUAACAUUUAUCAUUUACUGACCGCGAUAUAACCUACUAUUUCUGUGCCGUUCAAACAAUAGAUAUUAUUAUUUUCGACGUGUAUUCGUGAAGACAACAUCGAAAAAAUAAUAAUGUCAAUAAAAAACACUCUCAAUUUGGGUGAUAACACUCAUUCCGUUCCUUUGGAAUUAUUUGCGUUGAAUAGAAGAAGAUUGGUCGAUCGAUUGAGAUCCGUGGGCGUUGAAAAAUGUUUGGUUUUGCUACAAGGAGGUGAUGAGGUUCCGUUUAACGAUACUGACGUCACCGUUAACGUUUUUCGACAGGAAUCAUAUUUUAUGUGGGCAUUUGGAGUUCUUGAGCCAGGAGUUUAUGGAACCGUCGAUAUCUCCACGGGAAAAUCAACCCUUUUUAUUCCCCGCCUCCCCGAAAGUUACGCAAUUUGGAUGGGACCUUUAUUAACACUACAAGAUUUCAAAAAUAAAUACCAAGUCGAUGAAUGCUUCUAUCUCGACGAGAUAGUUCAAAAAAUUCAAGAAAAACAACCCGAUCAACUCUUAACUUUGAAAGGAAUUAAUUCUGAUAGCGGUUUCGAAGCGGUUGAAGCAAAAUUCGAUGGGAUUGAUAAAUUUAAAGUAAACAACACGAUUCUUUUUAAUGAAAUCGCUGAAUUGCGUGUUUUUAAAACAAAUCUUGAAUUAGAAGUUCUUCGUUACGUAGCAAAAGCUUCGUCGGAAGCUCACCGCAAAGUAAUGCGUUAUGUAAAGCCGGGUCGAAGUGAAUAUCAAUGUGAAUCACAAUUUAUGAAUCAUUGUUACGCCGAAAGAGGUUGCAGACAUGUUUCGUACACUUGUAUUUGCGGUGCGGGUCAAAAUGGCGCAAUUUUGCAUUAUGGUCAUGCUGCCGCCCCCAAUGAUGCUUUCAUUAAAGACGGCGAUAUGUGUUUAUUCGAUAUGGGUGGAAAUUAUUUUGGUUAUGCGGCGGAUAUUACAUGUUCUUAUCCAGCCAAUGGGAAGUUUACUCCCGAUCAAAAAUUAAUUUAUGAAGCCGUUUUAAAAGCCAAUAAAGCUGUUCAAGGAGCUGCGAAACCCGGUGUUUCUUGGGUCGAUAUGCAUUUAUUAUCCAGCCGCACGCUUUUGGAAGCGUUGAAAACGGGGGGAAUUUUAAAAGGCGAUGUCGAUGAAAUGAUGAAACAUUCUUUGGGUUAUUAUUUUCAACCCCACGGUUUGGGACAUCUUCUAGGUUUGGACGUUCACGACGUCGGGGGUUAUUUACCCGGCCAACCCGAACGCCCGACCCAAACGGGAAUUAAUAAAUUAAGAUUCGCCAGGAUUUUGCAAAAAGGAAUGUUUGUCACAAUCGAGCCGGGUUGUUAUUUCAUCGACCCACUUUUAGAUCAAAUCUUGGCGGACUCCAAAUUAUCGCAAUUUGUCGUUCCGGAAGUUUUAAACCGCUUCCGUGGUUUUGGCGGCGUCAGAAUUGAAGACGACGUUUAUAUCGGCGAAAAUGGAGUUGAAGAUUAUACUCGCGUCCCGAGAACGGUUGAAGAAAUCGAGAGAUGGAUGGCUGGGCUUGAUGAUGACAAAUAUUGAUUGUCUUAUUCAAAGUACACUGUGUUAAUUAAUUAUCGUACCCGAAGUCAUCAUUGCAAGUAUGCAACCAAAUACGCAAAUCGCGUAUAGCAAUACCAAUAUUGUAAUAUUGGUUGUAUAUUUGCAAUGAUGAAGUCGGGGACGAUAAUUAAUUAACACAUUGUAUAUUCUGUAUUAAUCUUUAUAUGCUUUUAAUAAAUUUAAUGCAUUGAU